CAGAAGUUGUCGCCUGACAGUGGUAAACAGACGUCAGAAGGGAGUCUUCGCCUCGAGUCCAAAACAAAACAAAACAAAACAAAACAAGUGAAAAAGACGCUGAAGGAGUGAAUAUCUGGACACCAGCGACGACGGGAAAGUUCUCCGAAACUCACCGCUGAUUAAAAACACCCACUUGGAGUAAGUUACCGGAGGCUUUUCACGGACUUUUCUACCGGAUUGUAAACUCUGGAGUAGCAGUUGGAGCUUAACGGCAGCUAACGUUAACGGCUAUCGUGUGCUGUUUUCAAAGUGCGGCGGUUGGGAGCCGUUAGACCUCCGAGGAGACACAACUUCACCUAGCAACACUCCGUAGUUCGUCAACCGGUCACCGGGACUGUGGAGCGAGGACCGGCCGGGCUCCGGGCCUCGGUGCAGGUUUUAUAACCCGCUUCUUCUUCGAGCAUCGUGUAGCCGGAGAGAGGAGAGAAACAUGGCAGAUGGUGACAUGCGCCUGGCCGCAAUGUGGCGGACCUGAAGCUGAAGCACACGGACUUCUCUUACUUUUAUUCAUUUAAAAAACACUAUUGAACUAUUCCCUAAAGUCUGCUCGCUUGUUUCCUCUUCUAAUACUCGACAUUUAUGUAGUUUCUCACUUGCAGCAGCUUUAUUAACACAUACAGGCCGAAGAGACGUCGACCUUUCUGAGUUUUCACACCUUAUUUUGUGGCAGUUAGUUAACAGAACUGUUGCUAGGAUACUCAACCGUUAAUCAGACGUUAUAAACGUUUGUUUUUUUAAACACGUGGCUUUGAUUUAACCAGAUUUUUGUUUUAGUUUUUUAUAAAAGUUUAUGUGGAUGUUUUUUUUUGGGCUUGUGGAAAAGCCCAGACAGACAUCACGUUGUUUACAAGUGGAGACGGACUCUCCUAAGAAGAUCCUUUGUAACAGUAGCCAGAUAAUCCCUGUUUGUAGUCUUCAUAGUUUUUACAGUAGAGAAAUCAGUAUUUCCCUGGAUUUAAUGAGGAAAUUAUAGGAUAUAACUUGACAAAUUUGGUUUGAUUUAUUCUUAAAAUAUAAGUAUACUUUUUGGGGGGAAAAACACCCUUAAAUUGAGUGAUUAUUAAUAGUAGCCAGCUAAUCCCUGUUUGUAGUCUUCAUAGCUUUUACAGUAGAAAAAACAGUAUUGUAAUGAGGAAAUUAUAGGAUAUAAUUUGACAAAUUUGGUACGAAAUAAUCCUUAAUUUGUAUUCUUAAAAUAUACUUUUUGGGGGAAAGAACACCCUUAAAUUGAGUGAUUAUUAACAGUAGCCAGCUAAUCCCUGUUUGUAGUCUUCAUAGCUUUUACAGUACAUAAAACAGUAUUGUAAUGAGGAAACUGUAGGAUAUAAUUUGACAAAUUUUGGUACGAAAUAAUUCUUAAUUUGUAUCCUUAAAAUAUACUUUUUGGUAAAAAAAACACCCUUAAAUUGAGUGAUUAUUAUUAACAGGAAUGGCAUUACUUUGUACCCAUUUACCUCUAAGAUUUUGGUAUUCAUAUAUCAGGUGAGCCUCUGUAGAUCCAGAUGUUUUGGUGCCACUCUGCCACUUUUGUUUUUAUCUCAUUCAAACAAAGGGACUGUCAUCAUCCCAGCAGCCCUCCUUCAUUCUAUAUAAACCGGCCGGUUUAUGAUAGUUACUAUUAAGGAGAUUAUUUGGGUUCCCUAAUCUCCAAUCUGAGGAUUAACCGAGGCUAUUGGUGUGUCCAGAUUAUUGCGUCUCCUCUCCAGGCCCCUCUUGUUUACACCCCCGAGGCGGCUACAGCAUAUUGUUUUUGUGUGUCAGGAAGUUUUUUUCUUUAAGUUUACCUUAAAGGUAGAUGUUUUAAGUAGUUCAGUGUUUUUUGUGGUUGAGUGGAAGUUAUAAGAGGACCCAGCAUGGAGGACUCGUCGGUGCCCCCGAUUGACCCAGAUUUCGAGCCCCAGAGCAGACCCCGCUCCUGCACGUGGCCGCUGCCGAGGCCCGAGAUCUCGGCUGUCAAACCGGAGGGGGCGGACGGAUCCGAGUCCGCCGCCGGGACCCCGCCCGCCGACGAGGACAAGCCGGAGCCCCAGCAAAUCACCUCCGAGUCCGAGAAGGCUGCGGUGGAGGCGGCAGAGGGAGGGGCCGCGGCCGGAGGGGGCGGAGCCGGAGCGACGCCUCGUAAAGGGUCAUCCCGGCGCAACGCGUGGGGGAACCAGAGCUACGCAGACCUGAUCAGCCAGGCCAUCGAUAACUCACCUGAGAAGAGGCUGACCCUGGCGCAGAUCUACGAGUGGAUGGUGAAGACAGUGCCUUACUUCAGAGACAAAGGAGACAGCAACAGCUCAGCUGGCUGGAAGAAUUCAAUUCGCCACAAUUUAUCACUCCACAACAAGUUCUUGAGGGUACACAAUGAAUCAACAGGCAAGAGCUCCUGGUGGAUGCUCAACCCAGAAGGAGGGAAGACCGGGAAAGCUCCUCGCCGCCGGGCCGCCUCCAUGGACAACAGCAGCAAACUGCUGAAGAGCCGCAUGAGGGCCAAGCAGACCAAGAAGCAGGCAGGAGCGGCCGGCCUGGGCGGCGCUGGAGGGGCGCUGCAGGGCGACGGCAGCACAGGUUCAGCGGGCGCAGACAGCCCUAAUUCGUCCCAGCAGUUUCCCAAGUGGGGGGUUAACAGCAGCAGCCCCUCAUCCCGCGGCAGCCUGGAUGACUCCGACAUGUGGACCACCUUCCGCCCACGUACGAGCUCUAACGCCAGCACCCUGAGCGGACGUCUGUCCCCCAUCGCUCCUGGACAGGAGGACGAUGAUAACCUGCCUAAGGACGUACUGCUAGGAAGAUAUAAUGCCAGCAGCUUGACCCCCACCCUCACCGAGACCCUCAUGGAGGAGCUGGAUCUGAUCGACGGCCUCACAUUGAUGACUGGGCAGCAGGGAGGGGCCAGUCCCAGUACAGCCCCGCCAGCACCUCCCACUCCGCUGCCCUCCGCCUCCACCCUGCUGCCCCGUGGCUCCAGCUUCUCCUCCUUCCAUCAGCUGCAACCAUCCAGCCUCCCACAGGCUCCCACUCACACCGGGACCCAGGCCUCCGUCUCUCAGUGUGGACCGAGCAGCAAAGAGCCGUCAACCUUCAGCAACUCCCUCUUCAACCCCAUGUCCAGUCCCGGCUCUCGUGUCGGCGGCCAUUACAGCACCCACGUGCCUUCCAGCCUGGAGGCGCUGCUCACCUCCGACUCCCCUCCUCCCAGUGAUGUCAUGAUGACCCAGGUGGAUCCCCUCAUGCCCAGUCCUGGAGGGGUGGGGCUGAUGGGCCUGGGCACACCUGUGGUGGGCGUGAGGUCCAAACCCAACCAGCUGCUGUUGGGUAAAGGGCUGGAGCCGAACACGGUGGCCCCCAUGGCGCUGCGUCACCUUCACCACCAGCAGCAGCAGCACCAGCAGCAGCAACAGCCACAACAACAACAACAACACCAGCAUCACUCUCAGAUGGGGUUGGGGAUGAUCCUCUCAGGUAUGUCUCAGGACCCGUUACAGCUCUCUGGCCUCAAAGCCCAUCAUGCCGCGGUGCCAGCGGUGGGCUCUCAUCACGGAGGGCCCAUCAUCUCAGCCAAUCCCGGCAUGAACCUGCUGGGGAUCAGUCAGUUCGGAACUCCGUCCUGCUUCCCGACCGGUCAGGACCGACUGCCCACAGACUUGGACAUUGACAUGUUCACCGAAAACCUGGAUUGUGACGUGGACUACAUCAUCAACAGUGACCUCAUGGACGGAGACAGCCUCGACUUUGACAACUUUGACCCCAUACUGCCUGGAGGCCAAGGCUACGCUGGCCCGGCCACCACACAGGGCUCCGCUACAAGCUGGGUGCCCAGUUAAUUCCUCAGCUGACCACACAGAGUUAGCCAGGAACUGAUCUCCAAUCCAGAUAACCUCACAGAACAACAGAACGAGUGGUGCGUCCCUCCUCCCUGCUGGCUGAAGAUACUAUUUUCACAUGAGAUGCUUCGUCAGGACUUAAAAGACCAGACCUCACCCAUGUGUCAUGUGCCAAGACAUGCGGAGGACGGGGAGGAGCUUCAGGCUACUAUGCACAAUAUUUCUCCCUUUUUUUUUAAAUAUAUAACACUUACAACGAUUUGGCUGCUAGCCGUUUUUUUUUUUUCUUCUAAUCCGAACUGAUGAUUUUAAAAAGACGUGUGACAUGGUGUUUUUAUGAGUGAAAGACAAAUCAUUAACUCCCUCUGCUGGGAGUUUAUAUUUCAGUUACACCAGAAUAGCUUUAGGGCGGAUACGGUACUCGAUGGCGUUGGUAUUGAAGACUCAAUAAGACAAUGCGUUUUUGGAGAAAUGGCCAGUUUUCCAUUGACACUAGCAUGAACUGCCAGACCGGAUGCUGUUUGAGGUGCAGCUACUCUGCUGCACCGUGAAAAAGCUUCAUCACAGGAGUCGGAUUGUGACUGCGUUGUGAACAGGUGGAAGAUAAAAGACUGGACGACUGGAGGUAUAACGGUCAAUAUAGGCUACAUAUCUCGCCCCAUUACGGACUACGAUUAUAUGUACGAUUUUAAAUUUCUCACUUUAGAGGAAAAAAAGAAUGCAUUUUUUUUUUUUCUCCAAUGAAAUUUGGUGAUUCAACAGUUAAAAGAGGGUCUGUAUUUGCAGUUUGGCAUUUUUGACUUCAAUCCAGUGUGUUAUGGUAGAUGUCAGUUAGAGGGUGUUUUUUUUUUUUUUUUAAAUCCCUGAUGUGCAGUUAAACUAACAAAAUGAAGAAAUGUGAUUUGUGAAUUUAUACACGGGGCAUUCAAGGGUAAAUUUAUUUGCCAACAAGUGAUUGGUUGGCCAAGUAUUAUAUAGUUUUAGACAGCAGUAUGCCUCCACUGUCAAACAGUCUACCUGAUUAUUCUUCCUUUUUGUUUUCAUCGAGCCUGUGCAUUUUCAAAGCACUUAGGUUUCCUGCGACACAGGGACCCCAAACUAGGACUCACGUGAGGUUAUACCAUUUCAUUAAAAGAGUUUAAAUCCUGUAAAACAUGUAAAGUACACGUUGCACAUGUACACAAUGACACGCUAUGCAGAUUUAUCAGGAGAACUAAAUGAAAUCUUGAAGGAAAUUUGAAAAAUCACUUCUUGAAGGGUUUUGUUAUUUAACAUUUUCCUGAUAUUUUGUCGGGGAGGGUUGAGGGGGGACUUCAUGUCAGAAUAUUCUCACACUUUAAUGAUCAUUCAAGAAAUUAAUUCACUGUGUGAGAAGUACAAAAAAAGAAUAUAUUUGAUUAUAGUUUUAAUAUACAAUUUAGAUGGAGGUAAUAAAUGAGAUAUUAAUACAUAUGAAUAUAUUACUAAUGACAACGUUUUUUUUACAUUGGAGGAAGCAUUCUCAUCAUUUUUAACGGUAAUUUUCUAUACUUUUAUUUUUGUAAAGGAUGAGACGCAUGUAGAUUUUUUUACAUAACCAAAGGAACACUAAUAUUUGCAUUUGCAUGGCAUUUAGGGAGCGCUUGGGCCUGACAGUAUCUCGGUGUACAUAAGCUUUGCAAAAGAUGCCUGUAACGUGAAAUCUGAGAGUCGAGUGAGGCAUCAGUACUUGACCAUUUUAACUCAAAUUCCCAAUGAUCUGCCUCAUUGUUUUCUGCAUUAAUUGUGAAUCCAAGUAUAAAAAAAAAGUGGCACGACGAAAAGAAAAACCUUUAUUCUCCCGCUUUUCAACAUGCCGCCGAAUUCUCAUCUCAAAACGAGACAACCGUUACCUCUCAGGGUCGCUCAGAAGAAAAACGGGAAAACAAACUUAAUCAGAUGACGUGAAAAUAGCAAAACAAAUAUUUAUUUAACACAUUUUCUCUGUUACAACAGACUGGAAAAGCAACACGCCACGUCUUUAUUUUGUUUUUCUGGAGGAGUUUCUGUCUUAAAAAGAGUUGACCUCAAAUUUGACCUCCCUUUUUAUAGAGAAAUGCAUUCGAGCUCUCCAGCCAUGUAUAUCAGUACUCUUCUAUCCCUCGGGUUUUAUUUUGACUGCCAAUAUUUAAAACACUAUAGCAUGACUUUACUCUGUAGCACGAUUAUUUUGUCAUCUUCCCCCUUAAAAUUUUGUGUUUUGUGUUUGUAUUUAAUUACAUUUGUUUAUAACGUUUUCGUGAUCAGAAACAACAUCCCUGCAGUUCCAUCAUUUCACUGUAGCUAUGUGAAUACGUUAGCCUCUGAUUUGUAUAAAGCACUCUCUUUUUUGUUCCACAAAAGCUCUUUUUUUACUGUUUGAAUGGUGCUAGAUGUCAUAUGUGACGUAUCCUGCAGUACGCCAUGAUGCAAUGGGUGCAUAUCAGGGCCUUUUGAAUAUUCUGUAUACAGCACAAUGAUCUGGUGUUAUGUUAGAAGUUACCACAGCAUCAACAGUCCUUCCCCCUCUUUGUUUUUAUGUUUUUAUAUAUAUGAUAACCCCCCCCCCCCCUAAACUGGUCAUUAAAUAGAUCUGGAAACAGAAGACCAGCUUGUUCAAACUGCAUGAUUUUCUUGUUAUUUUUAAUCAUAACAUGUAAUUAUUUUAGAAAGUUGUAUAAGCAAACUCCCCCCACGUUUUUCUGAACUAAUGUUGGAAAUGUUAUUAACAGUUAAAAGGACAGACUGCAGCAUAUAAAAGGAGCGGUGGUUGGUUUGAUGUCUCUAGUUUACUGUUGCCUCCUCAAACAAAGAUGGGCAGGUGUGGUGUUAUUACUCCCCUUGUAUCUCCCCCUCUAUGUAAUAAUUAUCUACAUAUUUUGUUCUUCAGUUUUCUUUAAGUAGCAGUUAGUCCCUGUAUGUUUGUUUUGACAUUUAAAAUUGCCCCAUUUGAUACACUAUUUUAGUAUUCGGCGAGGGUUUUUCUUCCAUAGGGGAGGGUGGGGUGGACAGGGAAUGAUGAGUUGUGCAUAAGCCAAUUAUGUUUAUGAUUUUUGAUUAAUGUUGAUAGUUCUUAUCCCCCCCCCACCCCCACCUCAGUCUUUUUCUUUCUUUACACAUUGUAAAGUCAGCCAGACAAGAAAAAACAGUUCUGAACAGCAGAAAUAAAUUCAAUAAACUGUUUAACCCA